CCUUCCACGAACGACUUGUUGCUCUCUCUGGCGACAACAAACCAAGAUCUACGGCGUCACUGAUGUUGGCAGCAUAAUUUCACUUCUCUCCUGUGCUGUGGGAUAGCUGCCAACACACCAGGACAAGGGAACAACCUAGAAAGAGCAGUCGAGCAAUGGCGGAAUGGACAGAAAGAGCGGUAAAGGCCGUGCUAUGGGCUGGGCUGGCAGGGAUGGUGGCUUCUCUGUCCUUGGAAAGACCUCUCGUCCCCAAGGGAAAUGGAGGUAAAUUCUGGCAAAUCACAGACAUACACUGGGAUCAACAGUACAGUGAAAGUGGAGAUCCAGCCAAGAUGUGCCAUGACGACUACCUAGUCUCAGAUUAUCAUAAUGGAGCAUAUGGAAAUUACUUGUGUGAUUCACCUUGGAAACUAGUCAAAAGUUCCUUACAGGCAAUGACACGGAUCCAUCCAAUGCCUGAGUUUGUACUGUGGACUGGAGAUAAUGUGCCCCAUACAAAUGAUCCAGAACCCGAUUUUUCUGUUAUAUUCCGUACCAUCAGCAACAUCACUAACGAGCUCAGGACAGCUUUUCCAGAGAGCAUACCUAUCCUCCCAGUACUAGGGAACCAUGAUGCUUUUCCAAAGGAUGACUAUCCAGUAGCAGGUGAGAGCUUCUAUGGACAGUACUUAACCAGGGGGGGCUGGGCUGCAGUGUUACCACAGGAUGCACAGGAAGACUUCAAGAAAGGUGGCUACUAUGAAUAUAUAUUACCAUCAGGUGUAACUGUUCUGGUAGUGAAUACAAAUCUGUAUUAUGCAAAUAACCAAAUGGGCAUAAAUGCAAGUGAUCCAUGUGGCCAGUUUGCAUGGUUGCAAGAGAAACUGGAAGCAGCACAGGACAGGUCUUCAAAAGUGAUCAUAGCUGCUCAUGCUCCCCCAGGUUAUUUUGAGAGGUUUGCUUUAAUACCUUUCUUCAACGCCACUUACAACUCAGCCUAUGCCAACCUUCUAAACAAGCAUGGUAAAGUGAUCAUGGCACAGAUCUAUGGGCAUGAACAUACUGACAGCUUCAGGAUAUUUGCUUCAGAAAGUGGUGAGCUCCAGAGUGUAGCAUUCCUUGCCCCUUCAGUAACUCCUUGGUACCCUGCUCCAGUCCCUGGUGGUACAGCAAUCAACCCUUCCCUUCGUCUCUACACACAUGAUACUUCAGAUAUCCUGGACUACACUCAGUACCACUUGAACUUGGGUGAUUUAGACAUUCCAAUGGAAGAGAAUGGUAGUACACUUACUUCAAAGAUGCCAGAAUGGUCAGUUUUUUACCAGGCUAGGGCUUCUUAUGGGUUAGAGAAGCUUGAUGUAACAAAUAUGGCUAGCCUGUACAAAGAGCUCUCCACCAAUGAUAGCCUGUUUCAACAGUAUUAUCUGAGAAAUUCUGCAGGAUACAACAAUGGUGUCUGUGAUAUUGAUUGCAAACGUAAUCACUUGUGUGCAAUAGGCCACAUAAAAGUUGAAGAUUUAAACAAGUGUAUGGGCUUCAAUGACACCACCACCAUUACUGAUACAAUUCAAUCUACAACUCCACUUUACCCAGAGCCAGUCCAAAGUUUCAUCCUUGAAGAUGGAUCACCAGUCAGUGCAGACAACUUUGACGAAAAUUCAGAUGGCACCUCACACCUGGUGAUCAUUAUGGUGGCUCUUGGGAUGACUCUCAUGGUUGUCCUUGCAGUUACUUUAGCAGCCAUGUUAGUGAUCAUAACACUACAGAGGAAGAGUGUCUUAAGGAGAGAAGGAUCUGUCCCAGUAUCUGAACUCAGUUGGGGACUGCGGCAACAAGGGUACAAGCCAUUUUAGAACUAUAAGGCAGAAUUUUCAAGAUAGAUUUAUACUUGUGAUAGAUAAUGUGAUAAGAUAAAUAACUAAAGAAGCAAGGAGUUUUCUGCAAUGAUACCCUGUUUCAACAAUAGUUUAGGUUGUGAAGUCAGUAGCAAUGUAGGUUCUUUUUUUUUAGAUUUAUGUUUUUUCAAUGUCUUAGGUUCAUCCAGUUUAGUAUGCUAUUUAUUGAAGGGAAGGUUGUAUAUUAUUUUCAUUUAAUUUUCUAAUUCAUUACUUGGAAACCAAAAGUUUAUUUGGUCAAAUGUUACUGAAUUACAUCACGUGGUUGUUAGAGACACAAUGCCAAUCAUGCGCAUUCUUGUAAGAGGGGUAGACAUGAAGAGAUCUGGAAUAAGGCUGCUUAAUAGCAUUUCUAUAUCUAAGUUCCUUCUUUAGCAAGGAUAUUCUCAUUAUUUAUUAUCAGCCAACAAAUUAACAUUCUGAUGGCAUUUGGCAAGACUGCCAAAGUUAGAUUAUAUACCAAUCUGUUGAUUUAUUAUGGGUAUUGGGGUAAGAGAAGCCAAUGCAUUUUCAGAACUACAUCACUCAUUAAUAGUAAUGUGGGAGUUUUUUUUUAUUAGGUUUGCAUACAGUAAUUAGUUACUCCCAAGAAAACUGUCACAGCUGCAUACAAACCAGAUCAGUUCUGUCAGUGUUGUGAUGUAGAAGUGAUUUUGAGGCAUUGUUAUUUUUGCAGUUAUUGAUUAUAUGUUUAUAUAUUGUAUAUUCCUCUUUGACUGGAUUUUUUCCCUUGGUUCUGCUCAGUCUUGUUCCAGAAGAGUUUAAUGAGUAUCUAUUUACAGGAUCCAAGUUUGCAAAUUUCUCACUGUAAUUUGUAACAGAUAUAUAUAUUAAUUUUUGAACAAAUACCAGACUUCCUAGGUUGAUAAAGGUUUUUAGAUAAUUCACAUUAUUUUGAUGGAAACUGAGGAAUAAGUUUAAUAGUGAAGUCAGAAAUAUUGGGCACUAAAUUAUGCUCAGUUAAAAGGAAACAUAUUCAGAUAUGUUAAAAAAUGGCAAAUCAAUUUUUGGGAGAUGUUUAUGUAAUGCUAUACAUUUUUAUUAUUUCUUAAAAAAGUGAGAUGAAAAAAAACGUUAAAUGAAACAAAGAUUAUAGAUUUAUAUAUUCACAGGAUGGAGAAAAAACUUUUUUUGUGUGUAUUAUAACUAAUUACUUCAGCUCACUUUGUUCUAAUUUCAGUGUCUAAUAUUGAUAAUUUUCCAUUUUCUUCAGAUAACUGUUGCUAUCAAGUUUGAAUACAUACAAUAGAGAAUUACAGUUGCUGUGUUCCAUCCUUUAGGGGUCAGUGCAAAACAUUGCAAUAGCAGCAAAGGAAAUAUUUACUAGAUUCUCAUCAUGAGAAUAGUAUUAUUUGAAUGUGAUAUCCUGUUAUUUUCCAGGAAGUAAAGGAGGAUAGCAUAAGUAUAAUCUAAUAACAGAAGAUUGUUGAAUUUUAUGUGAACUUAUUCAGUAAAACAUUAUUAUUAUCAAAUAACAAAAUGAAUGUAAUCAAUGUUCAGUACUAAGGGAAAAGCAGUGGUGCUUAAAUGUUUCAUGUGAAUUUUCUUUAUCAGUUAAGAGUACACUUCUGAGUGUUCUCUUUGUUCACUGUGCUAAUCAGUAACAGAAUAUUUGUAAUCUCAAUGUAUAGGUGUUAUUCUCAUCACAGAAGACCAUUAUAACAUAAACCUAUAUUUAUGGUAUCACCACAAUUUUUAGGUGAAAGUAUUUAAUGAUACCUUAGGGAGUUAUAUUCUCAGUGAAAAUGAUGAAAAAGAAAAAAAGGUUGUUAAGCAUAUUAUUACAGCUACACUACUGACUCAUGUAUCAUUGUAGAGUAUUUUUCAGGGUGCUAGCUGAUUAAUGUGUUAUGUCCAUUUCAUUAAGGAAACAGUAGAUAAUGGUUUUAUGUGAUUUAUGAGUACAUUACAUGGAAUACAGGUUUUGGAUCACCUCAAUCAAAGCACAAUAAAAGGAAAAAACUCCUUUGUCCCAGCACUAUUGAUGUUAGAGUUUUAGUUAUAUUGAGCAUUGAUAUGCAAAACACUUUCAUGGGCUACUGUGCAAAUAGAACAAUUAUUCUUGGCUUCUUUCAGCUUAACAGUACAGCACCACUGACCUACCACCCUCCUUCAUAAAUGUUUCAGUGUAUGAUGCAUAGAUUUUUUUCAAGGAUGUAUUUUAGCAGAACAGUUUAUUUCUUUAGUGCCAUUUAUUUUCUAACUGUUAUUAUGUCAUAUAGUAUUUAUCUCCUUAUUUAUUUAUUUAAUUUUAUGGACAAUAUACCAUUCUAAUGAAGAUUUUUAUUGGAAAUUAACUUGAGGAAUGCAAAUGCAGGGUUCUUAAGUCUUGAGGAGUUCACAUUCACUAAGUGAUGGUUAAGUUUACUGUCAUGGCUUUUUAUAGCAUGACUCAGUUUUGCAUUUAUCCACUUGAAUUUAUUAGCAAAUUUAAUUUCAUAAUAUCACCUAUUUUGUUGCAUACUAAAUUACUUGAUUCCAAUAUUAUAUCUAAUGAUGAGUUUCACGUUUCUGCCAGCUGCAGGAAGGAUCAAUUAUUCCUUUGCCAAGCCAACAUUGAAAGUCACUAGCAGCCUGCAAAAGAGAACUUUUCUUACUCUUCUUCCUAAGGACAGAAUAUACAGCAUAUGGUACAGGCUAAUACAAUUAGGAUAAAGAUUCUACUGGCCAUGUGCAGUGCUGUUGACAGUAUGCUGUGACAGACAGGUUGGAAGGCCGAACUCCUCAUUCAGUGGUAUAUAAUUUCCAAAUUUCCAGGGUUGUCUACUUUAUAGCACAUGCUUUCUUGAUAAGUAUGAAAGCUAGAUGAAGAUAAAGAGAAUUUUCAUAAAAACAAAUUAAUAAAGAAUUGUUAGUGAACUUUUUUUUUUUUUAGAAACCUAGAUUUUAUAUGAUUUUGUAUAAUAAGAAAUAAAUAGGUGGGGGGGAUAGUUUUUAUUUUUAUCACAGUAUUAUCAUUGCUGAGUUCUCCUCUUACAAAAAAAAAAUUGGAAAUUAGAUAUUGGUAGAAUAAUACAAAAGUAUUUUUUUACAUUUCUGUUCUCAGUUAUUUUAAAAGAAACACAGGAAAUUUAAAUUAAUCUGCAUUAUAUUAAUCUUGUACAUCCAUGUUGCAAAGAUAUAUGUAGUUCUCCUUGUGCAAAUGCAAAAGGGGUAUAUUAUGCAAUAUAUGUAUUUUUCCAGAAGUAAAAAGCAAAUCCUAA